GCGUUACCAAACAGGAGUAUUGCACGUGAGAGUCCCGUAUCGCGUGCACAUGCACUGCUUUGUAGUUGCAGCGAAGAGAACACUGAACAUCUUCCAGACGGCGGCUAAACUCCCGCGUGCUGCAGGUUUACACGCGCUUUUAGACGGCAGGGCUGCGAGCAUGUCUGCGAAAAAGGCUGAGCUGAAGCGGAGGGGCGGCUCGGGUCAGGCUGAGGGAGCCGGGGGGAAGAAGCAGAGGAGUGGGGAGAGUGCUGCUGCUGCAGGGGGGAGGGAGGACGGCUGGCUGGGGCUGGAGGUGGCGGAGCUGCGCGCUAAAAACACCGGCUGCAAGUUUAACGACAAGCGCGUGCGGUUCCUCUCCGAGGAGCAGAAGGUGAAGCAGAGCUGCUCGGGCGUGCUGUACUGGAUGUCGAGAGACCAGAGGGUUCAAGAUAACUGGGCACUGAUCUAUGCACAGCGGCUCGCUCUGGCUGAGGAACUGCCACUCCACAUCUGCUUCUGCUUGGUGCCGCGGUAUCUGGACGCAGCCUACCGUCAGUAUGCUUUUAUGAUCAGAGGACUGCAGGAGGUGGCCAAGGAGUGUAAGAGUCUGGAUAUUCAGUUCCACUUCCUGCGUGGUGAUCCUGAGCAGCUGCUGCUUGACUUUGUGAAGACCUGGAAUAUAGGAGCACUGGUGACAGAUUUUAACCCCCUCAGACUGCACCUGCAGUGGAUUGAGAAUGUCAGAAAGGGGCUUCCGUCAAACAUCCCGUUCUUGCAGGUUGAUGCCCAUAACGUGGUGCCAUGCUGGGAGGCCUCUCCUAAGCUGGAGUAUGGGGCUAGGACCAUCAGAGGGAAAAUCACCAAACAACUCCCAGAUUUCCUCACUGAAUUCCCACCUGUGGACACACAUCCUCACGCCUCAAAAAAAACGGCAAAGUCGGUGAACUGGGAGGAGGUUCUGGAUUCGGUGGAGGUGGACCGGACUGUGGGUGAGGUGGAAUGGGCGCGGCCGGGCACCUCUGGAGGAAUGGCCAUGCUCGAGUCGUUCAUCCAGCAGCGGCUGCGUCUCUUCGCUACCGAGAGAAACAACCCGAACUCGGAGGCUGUCAGCCAUCUCUCACCCUGGUUACAUGCUGGUCAGCUGUCCGCUCAGCGCGUGGUGAAGGAGGUGCAGCGCUGGGGGAAGAACGCCAGGGAGUCCGUGGCCUCCUUUACAGAGGAGCUGGUGGUGCGCAGAGAGCUGGCUGAUAACUUCUGCUACUAUAACAAAGAAUACGACAGCAUUGCAGGUGCUUAUGACUGGGCAAAGACCACGCUGAAGAUCCACGCUAAAGACAAAAGAGCUUAUUUAUACACCCAGGAGCAGCUGGAGACGGGCAAAACCCACGAUCAGCUCUGGAACGCUGCACAGAGGCAGCUGCUGUUAGAGGGGAAGAUGCACGGGUUCAUGAGAAUGUACUGGGCCAAAAAGAUCCUGGAGUGGACCUCGUCCCCUGAGGAGGCGCUGACCAUCGCCCUCUAUCUGAAUGACCACUACUCGCUGGACGGCUGUGACCCCAAUGGAUACGUAGGCUGCAUGUGGUCCAUCUGUGGGAUCCACGACCAGGGCUGGGCUGAACGGCCUGUUUUCGGUAAAGUGCGCUACAUGAAUUACGCCGGCUGUAAGCGUAAGUUCGACGUGAGCCGGUUUGAGAGGAAGUAUGCAGUAAAAACUGACUGAGAGCGGGUGGCCAACAUCUGUCAAACAGCUGGAAACCUGCCUCCAGUGCCUGAACUGUUACAUGUGUUUACAUUGUUGUUUCUAUUUCCAGAAGAUUCAUCUCAGGUCCUAUUGUAUAAAUCUGUUCAUCUUUAAGCCUUUUUUAGUACUUUAAUUUCUUUCUAUUUUUAAUUGAACUGGCAGAUCUCUUGUUUAGAUUUCUCCAACAAUAAACUCUUUCUGGUCUAUAAAUGUUUAGAGUUUGUUCUUUGAUUUGUUAUUGAUCAGCUCAAUGGGGUUUAAGAGACAACUGUUUAUUUUCCUUUAAAUAUAAAGUUUUUUCAAUGUAUUACAUUAAACUGGCUUCUGUGUCUUAA